AUGAGUAUUCAUAAGUUUCGAAGUCGUGUUCUGUUUUCACAGAUUGUGGCGUUUUUGCUUCAGCUCAUAGGCACAGCAUUCCUGAUUCUAUGUUGCCUAACUGUCCCAGUCACAAACAGUCUUGCAAUGUCGGAGGUUGGAGAUUUCAAGUUUGGGGUGUUUGGUUACUGCUCUUCCAGCGACUGCUCUGAGAAAACUACGCAGUAUCCUUAUGUGGCUGCUACUUUGGAUGAUCAAUACAAAAACUGGAUUAUGAGUGACAGUGCAAGAGACAUAUUGAGUAAGAUCAUAGUAGUUGUACCUGUGGCAGCGUUUUUCACUCUACUCACGGCGAUUGUUUGGGGUGUGUCUCUGAUAUCCGGGGUUAAGCGUUCUCCAGCGUUUUGGAAAGUGUUCUGCUUUCUUCAGAUCAUUGCAUUUAUAGCCACUGUUCUGGUAAUUGUGGUAUCAUACUUGCUUUUUUCACCCCACACCACCUGGGUUAUGGCUGUCAUGUGUGCAGCUGGAGGAUGUUCCCUAGUGAGUUCGCUUUUGGUUAUUCUCUGUGCUAGCUGGGUUUCUCGUGCUCGUAAGUACGAAGAUGAAGAAGACGAAAAUGAAAAGAUGAAUCUGAACGAUGAUUUAACUAAUAUGGAUCCCAUAAACACUAACAAUAUCGGGCUGACGGAUUUCUACUCUGAUAGAGCCGACAUGAAGAAUGAUGAACUGGUACAUCAACACACUUUGGAUACUGGUGACUCUGGAUCCAGAUUCGGCGUCAUAUCUGUGAAUACUCAAACGAAGAUGAAUGAUUUUGUAAAUGAUUCAAAGAAGUCGAGAUACGUCAUGGACGCUGUUCCAAAAAUACCGUUACCACAAGAACCGAACGACCAGAAUAGUGUAUCCUCUUUGAUGAAUGAUGCUAGGCAACCAAUGUUGCCUGAAAUACCAGAUCCUUAUUCCUCCCCAACUCUAGAUCCAAUUAUUCUUGGUAACGCUGUUGAUGAAAGAGAUCAAAAUUUGAACUACAAGCCGGAUAGCAAAGAUCAAUCUUCAGACUAUAUGUUUGAGACAGGUUCCAAUUUCACAAGCGUUUCUCAAAAAGGAAUAAACCCUCAAUAUUAUCCCGGUGCAGGUAAUUAUCCAGUCUUGCCCGGCCGAAUUGACCGACAGCAGGAGGCGCCCGCCCAACAGAUGUUCCCUGCCAGUGCAAACUAUUAUUCUACCAGCCCACAAAUGUUUAAUAAUGCGCCCCAAUUUCAGGGCCCACCACCAAACCAGGGGCCUUAUAACAGUCAGUAUCAGACACCUGUUACUUAUCAAAAUCAGUCUAGUACAACCGAUCUGCUACUUUCGAAGAAUCCAGAUUUCUUUAUUGGCGGCCCUCAAAAGAACGGUAGACCGAGAAGAAAGGUCGGAAUACCCCAGAAUUAUGUUCCUCAGGGUAAUUCUCACGCUCCACAACAAUUCGGAGGUCCCAAGAGCAGGAAUAAGAACAACAUUCCAGCCGCUUCGAUGUCGAGAGACAGUCCUUACGGGCACAUGUGA